AUGCCGCUGCCGGAAUCGCCGUUCCGCAGCCCCGCGCUGGCGGCUCUGGACGCCGCGGCCCGCGCGCUGCUGGCUCCCGGCUUCUGGGCCCUCAACCAGCUCCUGGACCUGCGGCCCACGACGGCGGAGCGGCGGCGGCGGCGGCAGAGCCCGUGCGGUUGGUGCCGCGGUUGCGCCGCUUGGGCGCUGGCCGGGCCGGUGCUCGCGGUGCUGCUGCUGCUCUCGCUGCCCGUCACGGCGCUGGGGCUGCUGCUGUGGCUGCCGCUGCAGGCGGCGCGGAGCCCCUUCGUUUACCAGCACACGGCCGCGGCGGCGCCGGCGAAGCCGUGGGACCUGCGGCAGCGCCGGACCUUCACCUUCCUCAGCGCCAACCUCUGCCUCCUGCCCAGCGGCUUGGCCAAGUUCAGCAACCUGGGGCAGACGCCGCAACGGGCCGCGGACAUCGCCCGACGCCUCGUCCCGGCAGCACCGGACCCCGACAGCGACCGCGCCGGCCUGGUGGAGCCCCGGCACCGAGGAGCCAACGGCUACGGCGGGACCCGGGGCACGGAGCGCAGCAUAGCCGUGGAGAUGCCAGAGGUGGAGAGGCCGAUGAUGGAGACGCCGCUGAUGGAGCCGCCGGAGCCGCCGGAGCCAGAGCUGCCGCCACCGCUGUCCGAGAGCUUCCCACCGGACGCCGACAUCCUUUGCCUGCAGGAGGUGUUCGACGCCGCGGCCGCCACGUGUCUCCGCCGCCGGCUCGGCCGCGUUUUCCCGCACAUUAUCUCGGAGGUGGGCACCGGCGGGUUGUGCCGCGGGCGGCUGCGGCUGCUCGGCAGCGGCUUAUUCCUCGCCAGCCGCUUCCCGGUGCUGGCCGCCGCCUUCCACAGCUUCCCCAACGGCGCCCGUGAGGACGCGAUGGCCGACAAGGGGCUGCUGCUGGUCCAGGUGCUGCUGGGCUCGGCGCGGCACCGGCGCGUCGUCGGCUACAUCGGCUGCACUCACCUGCAGGCGCCGGCCGGGGACGGCGCUGUCCGGGAGGCGCAGCUGACGCUGGCGCUGCGCUGGCUGCAGCAGUUCCAGCAGGAGCAGGAGCAGAGCGGGGACGUGGUGGCCUUCGAUGUCCUCUGCGGGGACCUCAACUUCGACAACUGCUCCCGCGCUGACCAGCUCAACCAGCGGCACCAGCUCUUCAAGGUAUACCAGGACCCGUGUCGCCGGGCACCGGGGCAGGACGAGCCCUGGGCCAUAGGCACUCUCCUCAACUACCUGGAGAUCUAUGAGGAGCCUGUGUCCACCCCAGAGAAGAUGAAGAGGACCCUCUCCUCUCCCAGUGGCCGCCGCCAGUUCCUGGCGGGUCCCAUCCUCACCUCGGGGCAGCCGGACGCCACGUUCCCGGGCCCGUGGCGGGGCCGGCGCCUGGAUUAUGUUGUGUUCCGGCCGCGGCCGCCGCUGCACACGGAUGUCGCCGCCGUCUCCUUCAUCACUCGCUUGGCCAUGUGCUCCGACCACCUGCCCGUGGCCCUGAGCCUCCACGUGGUCCCUGGUGCGCCCUGACAUGGGGCAUGGUGACACGGGGACACUGGGACAUGGGGACACCGGGACAUGGGGACACCGGGACACGGGGACACCGGGACAGGGGGUGACCAGGACAUGGCGUCCCUGUGCCACUGAUCCAGCGCGGGUCCGGCGGUGAUCCGACACUGAUCCAGCACCAACACGGCACCGAUCCAGCAUCGAUCUGGCAUCAAUCCAGCAGUGAUCCAGCACUGAUUCAAUAUUGAUCCAGCGUUGAUCUGGGACCAAUCCAGCACUGACCCAGCACUGAUCUGGUGUUGAUCCAGCAUUGAUCCAGCAUUGAUCUG